GUUUUAUGUAGUAAAUAUUUAAAAAUGACAAUAGCCAAAAUUCAACAUUACAUUUUCAUUUAAAGAAUGUCACAAAACUAAAUAAAUUCAAGUAAUAUGCUGCUACCUUUGAAGACUUUUGAGCCCGAACAACCCGCCAGUUCCAACACGUACCUGCUGCAGCGCCAGAUAGCGAAGCAUGGAACGAAAACACAAGAGAUGCUGUUUCAAGCGUUCCGAUUCAAUUUGCAGGAUGAGAGAAAUGCGAGCGAUGUCGAGGUCCAGCACAAGCGCCGAGAACCGCAGCCAACACACUGAUUCGCGAAACUCGAUACCAGCCGCUGGCAAAGCCUCGUCCAGCUCCGUUUCCCAGAUGACCAAAGAUAGCCCCAAGAAACGCUUCCUGUCGUUUCUCUGGCGCAGAAAAGAGUCCAAGGAGCUGCGCAAGCAGCGCAAAUCUCUGAAGCAGGCCAAGAUUAAGCGACUUAAAACCAACCCCAGCAUUCCAAUGGAGGAGCAGGACAUUCGCAAGCUCAUCCGGCUCUACUGCAAGCACGACAAUCUCUACAAUCCGAAGAACUCGUACUACGGCAACAAGGAGAUCGACGAGGACUGCUACAUCGACAUGACCCGCUCCUUUCCCGGCCACACCAGCAACGACCUGCGCGGCUAUCUGGAGGAGCUGAAGAACCUCUUUGAGCGCGAGUACACCAUCAUCGAGAGCGCCUGCCGCAACUACGGGGAUAUUAUGACCCCGUCCAUCCAGUACUACAACGAGUUCCUCUUCCUGGUGCCCUAUCUGUGCAUCAACUUUGACAAGAAACGGCCGCGCAGCUCCAGCGACAUGGGGCUGCCCAAAAGCUCCUCACCGCACAUGUCCAGCUCCUCCUCCAGCAUGAUAUCGCACAAGAAGCCAUCUACGACGGAUCUGAAGAAUACGCUGGCCGCCAACGAGAUGCUGCGCAGCAAGAUGGCCAAUCUGGCGGCCAGCCCCUUCUCGCCGUGUGGUUGCUUUCCAAAGUGCAAGAGGCGCAAAACAGAAAAGAAACCCAGCGAAAGGUCCCUCAAGAAGGAGAAGGAGAAGAAGCAAAAGGGGAAGCAGGAGGAUGCCAAGAAAAAAGGGGAGCAGCAGGCCCCGGACGAUUCGGUAGUGGAUGCGGAUGGGCAAGUUACCUUCUCUCCGUCCACACAGAAACGGAAUUCUCCGCCAAAACCACUUCAAGUCACUCAGAACCAGCCCCAGAAAGUGCCAGAAUCUAAAAUGUCCUUUGAAUCCUCAUACUACUCCACCGAAAAUGAGAAGGAGGUCACAGACCUAUCCCGUCGCUCCAGCACCAACCCACCUGCCCCGCCCGACCAAGACGUACGGCAGGAGCGGAGACCUAGUGGACCGCGGGCCUGUCCACGUGAUGUCCCAUGCCCUUUGGCUGCACCUCAGGCCCAGACCAGCAGCUCACCCACAGAACCAGCGUGUGGGAAUGCCCAACAGGUGCAGAUGCUCUGCGACAUGAUUCGCACAGAACUGACUUGUGCGCCGGAUUUCAUUUACUUCGAUGCCAAGUGGCGCAUCAUCGAAAUACUGCGGGAGGUGCACAAGCGCCAGCUGGUCCACCUGAAGGGCACACCGAUCGGCAACGGACCACGCUCUUCGCAGUCACCGCCGCCUCGCCGCUGAAGAAUAUCCCGGCCAGUCAAAGUGCCCCGCGAAGAGCAUCGGCAGUGCCAGGACAGAAGGGCGGAGCAGCACGCCCAUACAAAAUCGCUCUUGAUGGAAGUGGAAGCAUUUCUGAACAGCUCCAAGCUGCUGCAGCACUGGCCAAGUUGUCUGCUAGGCCUUCUCCUCGUUAUGGCCGUCAAAUACGUCUUUCACAAGCGGAAGGAGUGCUCCCAGCAACAUAGUGUUGCCAGGGAUGAGGAUGUAGCAACUGAAUUCGAAGAGGAAGCUGACGACGACCUGCAGCCCGCGCUGGAGCAGAAGCCGCAUGUGCAGUUCGUUCCUGGGCAGACACUCAAUCCCAAUGGCGCCCAACGGUUCCACGAACUGGUGCGUGGACGUCGCAGCAUCCGUUCGUUCAGGGCCUGGCCCAAGCCCAGCCUCAGCGUCAUUGAGGACUGCAUAAGGGCGGCUGGAACAGCUCCGAGUGGAGCCCACACAGAGCCCUGGACAUUUUGCGUGGUGGAGGAGGCUGCAGUUAAGCAAUCCGUGCGUGAGAUUGUGGAGCACGAGGAGCAGAUCAAUUACAAAAAGCGCAUGCACCCGCAGUGGGUCACGGACUUGCGACCGCUCCAAACAAACCAUGUGAAGCCGUAUCUGACGGAUGCACCAUAUCUGAUCCUGAUCUUUAAGCAGACCUACGGCACCACCAAGGAGGGGCGACGGAAAACGCACUAUUACAAUGAAAUCUCCACGUCCAUUUCUGCCGGGAUCCUGCUGUGCGCUCUCCAGGCGGCGGGCCUAUCAUCGCUGGUCACAACUCCCCUAAACUGUGGCCCAGCCCUGAGAGAGCUGCUGCAGCGACCUGGCAACGAAAAACUACUCAUACUCCUGGCUGUGGGCUAUCCGACAGACGAUUGCAAGGUGCCCGACUUGGAGCGCAAGCGUCUGGACGAGAUUAUGGUCAAAUAUUAACAUAUUCAUUUCAAAUUAAACAUUACUAAAAGUG